AUGUCGUACCUUAAACACCCUGAAGUAGUUUCCUCUGUUUACUCCAAAUUCGAAAAGGCCAAAUCAUCUGGAGCGCUUUUCUUUUAUCCUUCAACUCGCUCUAGAGCUACUGAGCAUAACAUCAAUUUUGAAAUUACCACAUCCGCUUUGCAGAAAAAGCCUUCCCUACCAGCGCCUGACUUUUCCAAACGCGAUAAACCGGAUCCGUUUUCUCCCCCUUAUGUGCCUGACUUGUUCAUUGGGGAACUCAAGGACGAACUAGAGGGGACGAGUUUCCACCCACAAAACUCUCCCCUCACUCCUCCGGAAUUGACACAAGCUUAUCUCCUCAUUCGCGCAUCACAAAAAGCAGAAUCCCCCAUAUUUGCUUUUUACAACUGCGGAGCUGAAGAGGAUGACGAGGACGAGGACGACUCGAGGCCUCCGGUCGAGUCAUAUGUUCAAAACCUGAAGAUUGAGGACGACAAUAUUGUACUUAGCCAAAGUCUUCUCUUUGCCGCUACCUUACGUUCAUUUAGUGCAAAGGCUCCAUCUUCCCAAGGCGACGGUCUCCGGCACCAACCGCUCUCUGAGCAAGCUCUCGAGGAACUGAGUAGCAUAACCAGAACUUUUCUUGGUCUACUUGACGAAGCGGUACAGACUAUCCGAAUCUACCACAGCCGCCAGAACACAACAACAGGCACCUCGGAUGUCGGUAGAGCGUCGGCUCCGAGCUACAACAUUAUCCUAACUUCGGAGCAUAUGCACUUGAUACCACGGCUGCGGGAGCAUACAAUCGAGGAGCUUCAUCCUAAUAAAGGAGAGAAAUCUGAGAGUGAUCCAGAGGCUUAUACUCCUCAGAAACUGAGCAUAAACCCUUGGGUUUGCUGGGAUGUUACUGGCAAAGAGCGACGCGCUGGCUGGAGCGAUCAAGGAGAAGGGUGUGAUCGAGUUGCUGAGCCAAGUCGGGGUGCCCAAUAA